UUAUUGCCCCCAUCGUUCCAGCCCCUUCGCCAUUUUUCCCACCUCGCCGACGCCGAGACCCCAACACCAAUUCCCAACCGUGCGAUUCUCAACUGCAGUCCCAGCCGAUCCCAUCCGAGCUAGCUCUCCCGUUCCAAUCAAUGGCGGACCUCUUCUUCGGGGGAAGCCCCUUCCGGCGGCUCCUCUACGCCCGCCCCUUGGCCUACGCCACGGCGGCCAUGGACUGGGUGGAGACCCCGACCUCCCACGUCCUCCGGAUCAACGUCCCGGGGCUGGGCAAGGACGACGUCAAGGUCCAGGUGGAGGACGGCAACGUGCUCAGCGUCAGGGGCGCGGCGAAGGAGAAGGGGAAGGAGGGAAACGAGGAAGAGGCAGUGUGGCACGUGGCGGAGCGCGGGAAGCCGGAGUUCGCGCGGGAGGUGGCGCUGCCGGAGCACGUCAGGGUGGAGCAGAUCAGGGCCAGCGUCGACAACGGCGUGCUCACCGUCGUCGUGCCCAAGGAGCCCGCUCCGGCACGGCCCCGGACCAGGCCCAUCGCGGUCUCCAGCAAGCUGUGAGGCCGCCAUGGACUGGGUUCAGGAAUACUGUCACUGCGCUGUCGGUGUGUAUACGAGCGGUGUGCGUUUCACUUGUGAAGUUGUGAUCUGAAUCAAGUAAUCUGAUGAAUAUCGUGUGA